CGAGGACCAGGUCUCUGCCAUCUCCUUGUCUUGGAACAACCGUCUCCUUGCAAGUGUAUCAUGGGAUAAAACAGCGCGUCUAUGGAAUCUCGAUACCAACCUCCCAGUCGGACCUCCCCUCCAGCACCAAAAUGAUUUGAGUUCUGCAGCCCUUUCCCCAGAUGGAAAGGUGCUCGUCACUGCUUGCGAAAACAGAAACGCGUACACAUGGGACGUUCACGCCAUCCUCCGAGAAGCUGGCAUGGAAGACCUACUUUCUACUGGUACCAAUAUUAUGGCAUCUCGAGAUAAUGAUUCUGAUUUAGGAAUACAGCACACACCCUGCUCUUCGCUCAACGACCAGUCAUUUUUGGAAGUUGAUGCUACGCGGUGUCCCGGCCAGUUUGGUGGUCUUGACGAACUCUUUUUUAAUGGCAUGGAAGCCGAUGUUGAGUCAUCCUCAAUGGGUGGUGCGCACCCUCAUUCCUCUGUAAAUGCACUUCUUGCUCGCCUGUCGUCAUUUGUUCACCGCUCUUCACCUGAAAAUGAUGCACCAGACGCAGUCCAGCAAAAAUAUACGCCUUCGCUGCUAGAUCCACGUGUUCUCCUGGCUCGCCUUGGCUCACUUUUCCCCCAAUCUCAACUCAGCACAGGCGAAGCAAACGAACCACAUCUCACAACCCCUUUGAGUUCGCAUCUAGAUCCACCCAUCAUCCGGCUAUCCUCACUCUUCCGCUCUCAACCCCACACCGAUGAAGAAAUUGGACUCGCACAACGCCCAAGCUGUCAUCGUGUUGUCGAGGUGGCUGCAAUACGGGACAAGCAGUCUUUGGUUGUCGCUCGGGGGCCAAAUUUCAUGAAAGCAAAACGAGCAUAUGAUGAGCAACAAACGCAAUUGCACGGCCCAGCCCAUGCGUCGUCAUCGCACACUCAACCUGCCAGUGCCUCAACAUCUGCGACACCUUCUGCUCCAGGUACAACAGUCACACAACCACCAUACAUUCCAUGGUGGGCUCAGAUCGUACUGUUUCUCUGCUGUGCAUCUUCACCACAUGCCAAUGGUCGUUAACGCAGCCAGCAUUGCAGCAUUUUAUAGCAUACCAUCAAUCUUGUUUUCUCGUCGUGAGACUUGUGCAGUGUGUUGAGCUUGAUAAUGUCAAUAGCUGAUUCGCUCGUUUUCCUGUCUCUUUUUCCUUUUAUUUUCAGACAGAGGCGAUUUAGUAGAAGUUUGCUACACGCUUCUCUCUCUGGGCAGUGUACCUUCUGGACGG